UGUGUGUGUAAGAGAGAGAGAGAGAGUGAGAGAUCGAGACAGAGACAGAGACAGAGAGGGUUUGGGAUUGUCUCAGCUGAAGGAUGUCUUAUUACGAACACAUUAUCCUGGAGGAUGACCUCCUGAUAGAUAACCAGACCGACUUCGGCUCCGGAGACCUCGGCGCUGAUUUCGAGACGCCGUGUAACCCGCAGGGGAACCAGGACCUCCUGAGGAUUUUGCUCCCCACGGUGUACGGGCUGAUCUUCACGCUGGGGCUGGUGGGUAACGGUCUGGUGGUGGUGGUGAUGGGGUGCCAGAGGAAGUCGCGCACCAUGACCGACCGCUACAGGCUGCACCUGUCCGUGGCCGACCUGCUGUUCGUGCUGGCGCUGCCGUUCUGGGCGGUGGACGCGGCGGCGGGCGGCUGGCGCUUCGGCGGCUUCAUGUGCGUGGUCGUGCACAUGGUGUACACGGUGAACCUGUACGGCAGCGUGCUGCUGCUCGCCUUCAUCAGCCUGGACCGCUACCUGGCCGUGGUGCGCGCGACCAGCAGCCAGCCGACGCGCCGCCUGCUGUCCGAGCGCAUCGUCUACCUGGGCGCGUGGCUGCCCGCGGCGCUGCUCACCGCGCCCGACCUGGCGUUCGCGCGCGCCGAGAGCGUCGAGUCGCGCGUCGUGUGCGAGCGCAUCUACCCGGAGGGCGCCGCGCUCGCCUGGAUGGCGGCGUUCCGCGCGCAGCACGUGCUCGUCGGCUUCGUCCUGCCGGGCGUCGUGAUCUUCGUCUGCUACUGCGUCAUCAUCGUCACGCUGUCGCGCGGCUCCAAGGGCGCGCAGAAGCGGCGCGCGCUGCGCACCACCGUCGCGCUCGUCGCGUGCUUCUUCGCCUGCUGGCUGCCGUACUGCGCGGGCAUCGUCGUCGACACGCUCGUGCGCCUCGGCGUCGUCGCGCACAGCUGCGCGCUCGAGAGCGGCCUCGAGACCUGGAUCUUCGUCACCGAGGCGCUCGCGUACUUCCACUGCUGCCUCAACCCGAUCCUGUACGCCUUCCUCGGCGUCAAGUUCAAGAAGUCGGCGCGACGCGCGCUCACCACGGGACGCGGCUCCAGCCUCAGGAUCCUGUCCAAGAAGAAGGGCAUGUCCUCGGUGUCCACGGAGUCCGAGUCGUCCAGCUUUCACUCCAGUUAACCACAACAAACAAACAAACAAACUCACAAACAAAAGAUGUAAAUAUAUUAUUCACAUGGACUGAAGUGACUGAAUGAAUGAAUUAAUGAAUGAGCAGGCUGUGCCUGGGCUCAAAGAUUUAAGCAUUUUAUUUUUUAUUUUUUGUUUUGAUUCUGAUGUUGCCUUGCACCUCCUGGUUCCGGAUUCGAUUCCCACCUCAAGGGUCUGUGUGCAUGUUCUCGGUGGGUUUCCUCUCACAGGCCAAAGACAUGCAGGUUAGGUUAUUAUUAUUUGUUGCUUUCAAAUUGCUCAUAGUGCAUGAAUGUGUGUGCGAUGGAUUGGCACCUCGUCCAGGUUGUACCCCAACUCCUGCCUCAAGUCUCCUAAGACAGGCUUAACGACCCUGAAUACAGGAUAAAGCUGUAUAGAUGAUGAGUGAGUGGGUGUGUUAUGAUGAACUGCACGACAGUACAAGGUUGCAUAAAGCAUCAAAAGAUCACAGAUCCCUCAGUAUUUUUCUGCUUUUGGUCACAUCUGUCACAUCUGCAUUCCUGUAGCUGGACAGAGAAGCGUGUAAAAAGUGUGUUACAAUGAACUGCAUCAUACAUCUUUCUUGUCACUGACUGAUUACGUCUGUUUUUUCCCCAUUUGUGCUUAGAUAAGUGAACACACUGGUUGUGUUAAUGAUUUCUGUUUUUCAGGAUGCACAGAUGUUUUAACAAAAAAAAAACAAA